UAAACACAGAUUUCGUAUUGAGUAUACGAUUUAAUCAAUCCAAACUACAAAAUCCGACCCGAAUAAAAUAAUUUUCCUCAUUCGGAUAUUCAAUUACAUUUCACCUCCUAAUAAACUCUACGUAACUCCUCUUAUUGGUAAGAAUUUUUUUCUAUUAAAUUAAUUAAAAAAGGGCAGAAUUAUUGGCAGAGCUUAUCCAAAACAAACAUUAUAUAUAUAUUCAGAGCAUUACAGCCAAACUCGUCCACCUGCAAAUUUGAAAAAGAAAGUCUGCUCUCAUCGAUCCCAACAUUCCCAACCCCAACAACAACAACUGCAAUGGCAGCAGCCAAGAGCCACCGCUACCUCGGCGGCGCAGCCAGGCUCUCCUCGGCCGAUCAAUUCGAGUUCGACGAAGCCGACGUCUGGAACAACAACGACCAAACGGAGACCAGAAAAUCCAUUUCCAACAGCCCGCGCCCGCUGCGGAAACCCCUCCGGAAGACCGCCGACGCUCCGAUCGGCGCGAAAUCUCUGCCGGUGAACAUUCCGGACUGGUCGAAGAUCCUGAGGGGCGAGUGCAGGGGACGCGCCGGCGACGAGGAUGCCGACGACGAGGAAAAUGAGCGAAUGCCCCCUCACGAGUAUUUGGCGAGGACGAGAGUGGCGUCUCUGUCGGUGCAUGAAGGGAUCGGGCGGACUCUCAAGGGCAGGGAUUUGAGCAGCCUCAGAAAUGCCAUCUGGAAACAGACCGGAUUCGAGGAUUAGCGAAUUUUAAUUUAGGAGCUCAUCAUGAUCCUCUGUUUUUUGGAGUGCCGUUUUUUUGCUAGCUUUCAUUUCAGAGGAUUGCUACUGCUCAACUGAUUGAUCUUUGUUAUCAAUGUGUGAUUACUAACUGUUUAGGAAAGGGGGAAAUUAAAUUGAAUCUUAACUUUUGGUUUUGGGUUAAUGGCGACAUUUUUUGUGCCAUUCUUCCAUGGUAGCUUGAUUAAUUAAUUAGGGUUAUUGUAUGUGUUUUGGAGUAGUGCUAAUUAGUAUUAUUUAUAUUUUUUUUUUUUUUUUUUUUUGAUCGGGCAAAGUCAUGUUAGAUGUUAGUAGUUAGUUCCCCAUCCACUCCAAGAACCACCUUAUCUCUCCCAUUCACCAAAUCCACCUUAUAUCUUCAAUCUCCAAUUCGCUCCCAAGAGGGAUCGAACCCGGGUCACUUCACUUAAGUGAGGACCUGGUGGCCAGUGGUUAUUUAUAUUUGUUGGCUAGGUGUUAAUGUUUUCCUUCUUAUUUUAAAUGUAAUGUAAAAUGUUUAUUGGAAUAAAGUUAUCUAUCUUGGUGGUU